AUGUCUAUUCAAGUUUCCUUAGAUGACACAGAAUUUUCUCUGGUUUUGGAUGCCCUGCAGCUCAUGCAAAGCAAGCUAGCUGUGGCUCUUGCUAAUCGAUUACUCAGCCAUAACCCACCUUCACCACAUUCAACCAAAGACAAUCCAGUGGGAGGCAGACAACAUGCAGGUGGAUGUGCUCUUUCGGGUGGCAAGGGAUCUCACCGGAUGCAACCUUACCGACUUUGCCCUAGGAACUCCAGGAAUUUGGCUAUGGGAGGAAGGUGGACCAUUGGAGAAAAAACGGCCUGUUCUUCCAAUGUCUCGGCAGAAGCCUUCAUUGGGGUAAUUGCGGCCAUGGAUACUGGUCUUCAGUCAGAUCUGGCCCAGUGGAUGGAGAGUAUUCACUCUGUGGCAUCUGAGAUUCAGUUGUCAGGUGCUACUAUGACGUCUUUGACUUACCAGUGUAAGGUUUGGGGCGGAAAGGGUGUUGGGUGGAGUUUGAUUUCCGUGGUGAACUACAUGCAGCUAGCAAUGAAAUGCCAGAGUAUGAUAGAUUUAUCCACUAAUUACAGCGAUUUAUAUGAAACCCUACCGGUGGACAGACCUACCAUUCACACCUUUCUGUUCUGGAUUGCCAUGGGUUUCAAGUUCAUGCACUUGGCAGCAGGGGGGAUGCAAGCCAACGUGCCCUGGGAAAUCACCAAGAUGUUGAGAAGGCCAAAUGCCUGCGAAAGCGAUUUACAGGUUCUCAUAGAAAGGAGAAUUAUACCAAUAAUAUCUCGUCUGCAUAAAGCCCUACCUUUGAGCAUGCCUGGUGCAUUUGUAACCCUGGACAGAGAGGUGGAUUGGACGUGCAUUAGGGACACUGACCGCCUUUUUGAUGGGGUGAAUACUAAUAAUUACCAGCUCCCUUCUCAGCACAAAUCGGCUUGGAGAAGUUGUCUAGACCCUUGCUGGGAUGAGACACUGAGCCUGGGGUGCAUCACCAGGUCAAUUGGAGAUGUCAGUGCAGCAACAGCACUUACGGCUUCACCUGCUGUAAGACUACCACACUUACCUGAAUUCUUCAACAACUCUACCUCUAUCAAGACGCUCCCAAAGUUGAUUUCCAUAGAGACAGCCUUUGACUGUGAGGCUCCUGAGAACCGACACAAUCCGGUUAAUGGCGACAAAGUGCAGAACUUGCUGUGGACUAUUGAGCAGCAAAAGAUCAUUGAGGAGAACGCAGUAAUAAUCACAGACACGGAAGAUUUAAAGGCAAAGCUAUCCAUGUUCUACCCCUCUGGAAUUAAACAACUGGACACCUACAUCAAGAUUCCAAUGUCUAUCCUUCCAGGAGCAUUGGAAAUUUGCAACUUGGAUGGGAGCCUCAUAGUGUUCAUCUGCAAUUUCAUGCCUCCUUCAAUCCAUUGGAAUAGAUAUGGUCUUUCAGGCAACACGGCACCUGCUGACAUGCACCCUCAUGAUUUGGUGGCUACAUCAGGCAGAACUAACCUCACACAAACGCUGCCUUACAUGUCAUGUGAAACUUUCAAAUACGAGCAACUGUAUCUCAACAUCCAGAAUAACCUAAGGGAGGUUUUUGAGUGGAUAGAGCAGACAGUAGCUCAUUAUCUUCCAGAUGACUAUAUUGUUCUUGCUGAGCUCGUUGAUAUUCUUCCCAACACUGGUGGAUCACCGGUAAAACCUUUCUUGUCUCUGGUGGUGAACAUCAACGUCUGCACAAAAGGUCAUCAGGACGGAAAGGACUUUCACCUAUGUUUAGUGCUGCCCAUCGGUAGCUUUGUAGGGGGUGGACUGGUGAUGAGGGAGCAGGGAGUUGUUGUUGAGAUGCAUAAUGAUGAAACAACACAUUUCAACUUGGACUACCUAGGUGAAAGAGCCUCCUUGGUACUUCAUUCAGAUGGGGAGUUUCAGAAGUGGAAGGAUAAUCGCAAUGGUUGGAAGGAUCAUGGGUGCUUCAAUUCCACUUAG